AUGGAGUCCAAAGCACUUGUCAUGAGGCAUAUCCCAGGAAAGAAGGGAGAGGUGUAUUACCCGAUCGAGGUAGCCACUUUGAAGGUUCCGAAGCCACAGGGCACGCAGCUGCUUGUGAGAAUAUCUGCUGCGGCGUUAAACCAUCGCGAUUUAUUCCUGCGGCACGACCUCUAUCCCAAACCUCAAUUCGGCAUGGCAAUGGGAUCAGACGGUGUAGGUGUUGUGGUCGACAUGGGUCCACAAGCGUCCGGCCUUUGGAUGAGACAAAGGGUAAUAAUCAACCCCGGACAGGGUUGGGUGAGCCAUCCUGAAGCGCCCGAGUCGCCUGAAGGCUACUUGACGCUGGGAGCUAGCCCUGCAGGGACUGGUACAUUGCAACAAUACAUGCUUGUGGACGAGGCCGAUGUGGUUAUGGCUCCGGAACACUUGAGCGACGCUGAGGCGGCAGCAAUCCCAGCAGCAGGACUGACGGCGUGGAGAGGACUCAUGGCGCGGUCACAGAAUGCCGUGCCAGGUCGAAACAUCUUGGUCCCUGGGAUUGGGGGAGGCGUAGCACUGUACGUGUUGCGCUUUGCCGUGGCUUUGGGAUGCAGAGUCUAUGUCACAUCAAGCAGCAGUGAGAAGCUGAGGCGUGCAAAAGAGUUGGGAGCUGCAGGAGGCGUGCUUUACACCGAACCAGAUUGGGAGUCGAAGCUCCUUGCGCUUCUCCCAGCAGAGAGGAAGACCUUCGAUGCCAUCAUCGAUGGAGCUGGAGGAGAGAUUGUGAAAUCGGGUGUGAAGCUUCUCAGGAACAAUGGGGUGAUUGUUUCAUAUGGGAUGACUGUUAGCCCGACCAUGCCAUACACGAUGAAGGCACUGGUGCGCAACAUUCAGCUGGUGGGCACAACUAUGGGGUCAAGAAAGGAAUUCCACGAUAUGAUGCAGUUCAUCCGCACACACAAGAUCCACUCAAAUGUGUCUACAGUUGUGCAAGGAUUGACGGUGGAAAAGGCAGACGAACUCGAGGAGCUUUUCAGAAUUCUUGCGAAAGGCUCACAGUUUGGUAAACUGGUUGUGCAAAUAUGGCAAGAUGGGAGGGAGAGCAGGUUAUAG